AUGGAGCUACCUCAACAACCGGUCUACGUGCUUAUCCCAUCAUCCGGGCCCUCAAUCGAGAGCAAGCGACUUUUCCUCCGGCCAGUUGCCGAUACCGACGCCGCUGCACUCUUUGCAGUGCGCUCCAUACCAGAGGUUGCGGCAAUGAACCACCCCAGAACACCUUUCAAAUCAAUCGCAGAAACACGUGCAUGGAUGGCGACAAAGGCAUUCACGAGUGGUCCACCCGAUGUGAUCGGCCGUUCAUUUAACUAUGCCAUUCUGGACAAGUCGAUUCCAGAAACGAAGGAGCGGGUCAUUGGCUCUCUCAGCAUCAAUCAAGUAGACCCCUAUCCUGAGAUUGGAUAUGCACUGCAUCCAGGUUCCUGGGGGAAAGGACACGCAACAGAAGCUUUGCAGCUGUUGCUCAAGCUGUGGUGGGGCUUGCCACGCCGAUCAUACUAUGGUGAAAGUGCUGGUCCUGUAGAGAUGGAGAAAGUAUUUGCUUUCUGCUUAAAACGAAACAUUGGCAGUUCCCGUGUGUUGGAAAAGUGUGGCUUCAAGGUUGUGAGUGAUUUCCGUCAUGAAGAAGAUGAAGUUUUCAUUUUUGCAUUGAAUCGACCUUGA